AAAUGAAAUAAUAUGAAGCAUGGUUCGACAACCAAUAAAUCACUCGGGGUUGAAACUAUGGAAAAUCUAUCAACAGCCCAGACUUCCUCUCUAUUUUGAAACUCUGAGAAGAGCAGUUAUCUGGCCCGUUAGUGUAGUAGCAAAAAUCUACAUGGGUUGUUUGAAUAACUUGACAGUGUAUAAUAACAAAACACUAGAAAAUGCUAUUUGUUACAGAGAAAACAAACAACCUUUGAUAACUGUGUCUAAUCAUUAUUGCUGUUUAGAUGAACCUCUUAUGUGGACUCAUGUGAAAUGGAAGUAUAUAACCAAUCCUGAGAAGACAAGAUGGGAUAUUGGUGCUCAUGAUGUAGUUUUUACCAAUUAUCUUUAUUCAUUCUUUGGUAAUUUAAGUAAAGUCAUACCAGUUGAAAGAGGAAAGGGAGUGUAUCAAGAUACUGUAGAUUUUUUGAUUCAACGGUUAAAUUUAGGAGAUUGGGUUCAUAUUUUUCCUGAAGGUAAAAUUAAUCUGAAUAAAGAAAGAAUAAGAUUGAAAUGGGGUGUUGGUAGAAUGAUAUUUGAAUGUACAGCCAGUCCAAUAGUUUUACCAAUAUGGCAUUGUGGAAUGGAUGAUAUAUUACCAAAUACAAGACCUUACAUUCCACAGUUAUUUAAAAAGGUGACCUAUUUAGUUGGUGCUCCAAUGGAUUUUACAGAAGAUGUUGUUAAAUUAAAGUCACUUAAUAAAUCACCUAGAGAAAUAAGGAAACAUAUAACUGAUAAGAUACAAGAAGUGUUAUUUGCUUUACGUGAGCAAGCUGAAGCCUUACAUGGAAGAUAAAUUUCCUCUCGGAAACAGUUCUGAAUCUGAUAUUGCCAUAAACUCAGGGUUUUUUGUACUGGUGCUGCAGAAAAAUUCUUUUGAAUAAAUAUUUUUGAUAAAAUUUGCAUGUGUGGUGAGAGAUAUUAGAAAUGCUGGGAAGGUUGAUGGUUAUAUAGUAUUAGUUAUUACUGCAAUAUAUUGGACUUGCAUUAAAUUUUUUUUUUAUUC